AUGGAGACGCCGAGGAGAGCGGCAGCGCGAGCCGGAGGCGGCGCGCUCCUCCCUCUGCUCCUGCUGCUGAGCUGGGCAGCUGCCCAGGAGCAGCUCAGUCCCCGCGGGAGGAACGUCUGUCCGGCGGCCGGUUCUACUGGGUCCGUUUGCUGCCCUGGAUGGAAACAACAAGGCGAGGAAUGUUUGAUUGCCAUAUGUGAGGGAAAUUUCACCUGCAAGGACAAUGAGGUUUGUGUGAGGCCCAACGAGUGCCGCUGUCGCCAUGGCUACUUUGGAGCCAAUUGCGAGACAAAAUGUCCCCGCCAGUUCUGGGGCCCCGACUGCAAGGAGAUGUGCCGGUGCCACCCUAAUGGGCAGUGUGAAGACGUGACGGGGCAGUGCACAUGCAACGCCAACCGCUGGGGUCCAAAGUGCGAGAACCCUUGCUUGUGCAAGCAUGGGAAGUGCGACCAGAAGAUGGGCAAGUGCACCUGCGAGCCCAACUGGUGGGGCCCCCAGUGCUCCAGCACUUGCUACUGCAGCCUCAACUCUCAGUGUGACCAACAGACGGGGACCUGCAUCUGCCAGCCCGGCUGGUGGGGCCGCAGCUGCAACAACCAGUGCGCCUGCAACACCUCGCCUUGUGAGCAGUUCACUGGGCGCUGCCAGUGUCGCGGGGGGACCUUUGGCCCCCGCUGUGACCGCUUCUGCCUGUGCCACAUGGGCAGGUGCAACCAGCUGGAUGGGACGUGCACCUGUGACCCGGGCUACCGUGGCAAGCACUGUCGGGAGCCGUGCCCGGCCGGCUUCUACGGACAAGGCUGCAGGAGACGGUGUGGCCAGUGCAAGGGGCUGCAGCCAUGCACGAUUGUGGAUGGCCUCUGCCUGGCAUGCGAAGCGGGCUGGAACGGCACCAAGUGCAACCAGGUCUGUGCCUCGGGCUUCUACGGAGAAGGCUGUGAGCAGAUCUGCCCUUCCUGCAAGGAUGGUCACACUUGCAAUCAUAUCAAUGGCAAGUGUUCACUCUGCAAUCCUGGCUGGAUUGGAGACAGGUGUGAGACCAAGUGCCGCAAUGGGACGUACGGCGAGAACUGUGCCUUUGUCUGCAGUGACUGUUUCAACGGUGAAUGUCACUUCGAGACAGGAAGAUGCCUCUGCAGGGCAGGGUUUUACGGGACUUCCUGCAACAUGACGUGCCCAGCUGGUCAGUACGGAGUGAACUGUGCAGAAUCCUGCAACUGCCACAAGGACUCCUGCGACCCCCUGACAGGAGACUGCUACAUGGAAGCCAACCAGCGGAUGGGGGUGAUUGGAGCCGGAGUCCUCCUGACCCUUCUGCUAAUCCUGCUCCUGUCGCUUCUGUGCUGCUGCUGUGUUUGCCGCAAGAAGGACCAUGCUCGGGACGCAAAUCAGGACCCAGUCAACAAGAAGUCCCCAAGACGUCUUUGUGGCAGGUUCAGCCAGAUCAGUAUGAAACUUCCCCGGAUUCCUCUUCGCCGUCAGAAGUUACCCAAAGUUGUUGUGGCUCACCAUGACUUGGAGAACACCAUGAACUGCAGCUUCAUUGAACCCCCAUCUGUGGUGGAGCAGCCAUCGCCUUCAUGGUCUUCUCAGGGCUCUUUCUCUUCCUUCGACACCACCGAUGAAGGACCAGUAUACUGUGUGCCGCAUGAAGAGAGUAUGAGCGACAGCAAAGACAAAGUCUCAACCCCUUGCAACCUAGCGGAGAAGAUGGCGCCAACAAUCAGCGAAGAGGAAGCCGGGGAGUACACCGUCUUAAAAGAGAGCAGCUCCCUCCAAGCAGACAGCAGCGAAAUGCCCUUGCUCAAAUCCUCUGACAGCGAGCGCUCAUCUUGUGGCUCUGGCUCAGCCAGUGGAGCUCUCUAUGCCAGGAUUGCCCGCCUCUCCAAGCAGUCCAAAGACGAAGAUGAAAACGCCAUGGGAAACAAGAGUCCCAAGCCGCCAUCCCCAGAGAGAGCCAAGCCUCCUCCUCCGGACCCCUCGACAAAGCCCAAAGUCUCAUGGAUCCACAGCAAGUACAACUCCAACCAGUCCAACUCCUUACCUGCCAUUGGGAUGCCUGAUCCAUUGGAACAGAAGCAGGGUCUGGCCAAGAGGAAAAGGAGCCCCAGUGAGACAUCAGCAGGGGUUCACAGCAAGCCAGAUGAAAAGGCCCCUGCAAGAAGCAAAGAGAAGGCCCCAAAACAUCCAAAAGAGUUGUGCUCCCCCGAAGGCAAAGCCAUCCCUGCCUCUGGGGAUCCACAGUCACCAUCCAAAUCCAAGCAGCGGCACAAGGCCAGCACAGAGCAAAUGGAGAAUAUCAACGGGGCCAUUCAGAAUGUGAUCAAAAAGAUAGGGAGCCAUCCCCUAGACCGGAAGGGAGGGGAUGUCCCCAAGAGCCCUAACCACAGCAAAGCUCGCUCUGAAGUCAUCCACCCUCACUUGUCUUCAGAAGCGGCAACGCUGCUGGCUGCGCAGCUGAAGGAAAAGACUCAGAGCCUUAACAGGGGCGACAGCGGUGCAAGGCAGAAUGGGGUGAGCCCCCUGCCAGCUCAGAGGGAGAAACCCACUCCUCCGCAAAAGGCAAAGCGCUCUGUGGCCACCGGCAGCCAGAAGUCCAGCAAGCCCGCGCUGCCGACUUCACCCAACCUGCAGAAAUUAAUCAAUCCCAUUUCGGAGGCCCCACCCAGCGACCCCAAAAAGGUGGAGAAGCAUAGCUCCAGCAGCAGCCAAGAGCCAGUGCCUACCAGCGACCCUGUGGUCAAGAAAACUCCCAUUAAAAAGCCACCCAGGAAGAAGAGCAGAGAAGCUAUCUCGAACCAGCCCAAAACAACCACACCACCGCAGACUGUCCAAUAA